AUGGGUGUAUCGCGUGAGGGUUUUCAAUGGACUCCUAGCUCGGGUCUGAAGAGUGGUUUGCCUUCCAUUGGUGUUGUUGAGCCCCCGAAGAAGCUGCGAACUUCUGAAGACAUCUUGGAUGUGAUAGUGAUUGGCGCUGGGUACACUGGGCUCACUGCCGCAAGGGAUGCAUCGACAAAUGGUUUGAAGACACUGUUGAUAGAAGGUCGAGACAGGAUCGGCGGACGAACAUGGUCUUCUAACAUCGAAGGAUACCCAUAUGAAAUGGGAGGCACGUGGAUCCAUUGGUUCCAACCUCAUGUUUAUCGGGAGCUUUCUCGAUAUGGCAUGAAGGAUGAGAUCGUGCAUUCGACAGACUUUAACUACCGGCACAACUUCUUCAGCUUCGAGACUGCUAGUGGUCGGCGAGAAAUGAGCCACGAGGAGGAGGAUGAACUAUUUUCCCGAGCAAUUGAGAAAUUCUGCAAUGUUGAUGGAAACCUAGGCAAGACCGUCAUACCAUUUCCUUUCAAUGCCCACUGGAAUAAAGAUGUGCUCCAAUUUUCAAAUCUGUCAGUAGCAGAUCGCAUUGCUCAGAUCAGCCAUGAUCUCUCCAGCGACGAGCAACAUGCAAUCGAGGCCUUUGUACUCCUGUGCAGUGGUGGAACACGCGACAAUUCUGCGUUUUUGGACUUUCUUCGGUGGUGGGCUGCUGGAAACUACAACUAUAAGACGCUGUUAGACACCAUUAUUAUCUUCAAGCUCAAGUGUGGUCAAUCCGGAUUUGCAAGGAAGUUUUUCGACGAAGCAAUCGCGACCGGAAAUCUGUCAUACUUGUUCAACACGACAGUGACACAGGUCGACUCCUCGAAGACAAUCGUGCAGGUACGGACCGCAGAUGGACAGAGGUUUCAAGCCAAGCGCCUUAUUUGUACUGUUCCCCUGAACGUGCUGAGCAAAGUCGAGUUUGACCCACCGUUAAACCGGGCAAAGCAAGAAGCGGCUGCGCUCAAGCAUGUUAACCAGUGUGUGAAGGUACAUGCCGAGAUUAAGGAUCCUGAGAUGAGAUCUUGGAGCGGCGUUACCUACCCUGAUAAUGAGCUUGUUAUCGGACUGGCGGAUGGGAGAACGCCAGCUGGAACAACACAUUGUGUGUUUUUCGGUUGCAAUGCUAAGCUUCAAGCAGAUGAAGACGUGGAAAAGACACUGAAGGCAGUAAAGGCAUUUGCACCCAUGGAUGUGGAGCGCUUAGUCUUCCAUAAUUGGGCCAAAGAUGAAUUCGCUGAGGGUGCUUGGGUCUGGUAUCGGCCUGGUAUGGAGGUCAAGUAUCUGGAAGCUUUGAGGGAGCGGCAAGGGCCAGUUCUGUUCGCCAACUCAGAUUGGGCAUCGGGAGGUUGGCGGAGUUUUAUUGAUGGAGCAAUCCAGUCAGGAACGGAAGCAGCAAUGACAGUACGAGAUGAGCUCAAGGCUCCAUCGCGAAAUGAUGGUAGUCGACUUUAA